AUGUCCCCCGGCGCGCAAGGACCCCGCGGCUGCCCGCGCCGCGCCCGAGCGCCGAGCCGAGUCGGGACGAGCCGAGUCGGGACGAGCCGAGCCGAGACGAGCCGAGUCGGGACGAGCCGAGCCGAGACGAGCCGGGACGAGCCGAGCCGAGACGAGCCGAGUCGGGACGAGCCGAGCCGAGACGAGCCGAGUCGGGACGAGCCGAGCCGAGACGAGCCGAGUCGGGACGAGCCGGGACGAGCCGAGCCGAGCCGAGUGGGGACGAGCCGAGUCGGGACGAGCCGAGUCGGGACGAGUCGAGCCGAGACGAGCCGGGACGAGCCGAGUCGGGACGAGACGAGCCGAGCCGAGCCGGGACGAGCCGAGUCGAGCCGGGAGGAGCCGAGUCGGGACGAGCCGAGCCGAGCCGAGUGGGGACGAGCCGGGACGAGCCGAGCCGGGACGAGCCGAGAAGACAUCACUUAUAAGGAAGAGGAAGACUUGACACUCCGGCCCCGUUGCUGCCUUCAGUGCUCCGAGUCCCUAGCGGGACUCCGGGCGGGUGGAAACACUGAGCAGGGUGACCAGGAUCAACUUAAGGAAUUGUAUUCAGCUGGGAACCUGACGGUGCUAGCUUCUGAUCCCCUGCUCCACAAACACCCGGUGCAGUUAGACUUCCACUUCCGCCUCACCUCCAAGACCUCUGCCCAUUGGCACGGCCUUCUCUGUGACCAUCGACUCUUCCUGGAUAUCCCUUAUAGGGCCUUGGAUCAAGGCAACAGGGAAAGUUUGACCGCGACCUUAGAAUAUGUGGAGGAGAAGACCAGUGUGGACUCCGUGUUUGUAAACUUCCAAAACAACCGGAAGGACAGAGGCGCCCUGCUAAGAGCCUUCAGCUACAUGGGCUUUGAAGUUGUUAGACCAGGUCAUCCAGCUCUCCCUCCCUGGAACAAUGCCAUCUUUAUGGUAUAUCCACUUGAAAGGGACCAUGGCCACCUGCCCAGUGAGCCUCCCUGAACGUGCUGAUUCGGGCUUGGCACCUUGAAUAACUGGGAACAAAGGCCCAGGGAUAUGAUUCAGAACACCUUCCAUCCUAGGGAUUAAAGGGUAGUGCAAUCCUUCACUGUGUUUUUUUUUUUCCUUUGG